AUGGCUCUUGGUUGUGGGUAUAAGUGUUUGCAAUGUUUGCUAGUUAUUUUCAAUUGUGGAGCAUUCAUAUGUGGUCUCGGGCUGAUUGUGGUUGGUGCACUUGGGCUCCAUUCUGUUGUAAAUCACUGGAAAGACAUUGAACCUCCAUUACAAUCGCUUAUUAUCUUUAUUAUUGUCCUCGGAUGCUUCUUAUUUGUUUUGGGGGCCUUAGGAAUGUUUGGCGCCUGCACGAAGAAUGUGUGUUUAUUAACAACGUAUUGUAUUCUUUUAUCAAUUUUGAUAGUUGCCGAAAUAGCAGCAGGAAUAUUUGCUAUAGUAGAAAAGCCAAAGGUCAAAAAACACGUCACUGAUGCAUUAAGAGAAUUCGUAAAAGAGUACUCUCACGACGAACAUGUUAGCAAAGUUCUUGAUGAAGUUCAACAGAAAUUACAAUGCUGUGGUGCUGAUUCUCCAAAAGAUUAUGUCACUCCACCGCCGGAAUCCUGUUUCAAAGAUGGCCAAAUAUUUAAAGAGGGAUGCGUUAAAAAGGUCAGUGAUCUAAGCAAAAUGCACCUCAAUGCUAUCAUAAUUAGCGUAUUUCUGUUCUCAUUGGUCCAAAUGAUUUGUCUGGUAUUUGCGUUCAUAUGCUCUUCAUUAGACAAGUGCUCAUCACCAACAUUUUAUACAAAGAAUGAUACGUAUGAAAAAAUGUUUUUAGGCGAUAUUCAUAUGGUUGAUGAUGAAUGUCAAAAUUCUAUAGAGAAUAUGGAUAUGGAAAAAGGCUGA